GCUCAAGCCAAAGGCUUGGAGCCCAGCCAGCAGCGACUUGUAGAUCCUCGUGGUGUUCGUGGCACCUUUGUGAGGCCCUCCUGAUGGUAGAUGAAUCGACGACCUGCCGGAGGGCUUCUUGAAUGCCAGCCCUUCUUGUGUCCUUGUUAUCGCUUUUGCCAUGGCUGGGACAAAGCCAAUCCAAUGUGCCUGCACCGUUCGUAGUGGCUUCACUGGAAGCCAUUCCAAGCACCACUCAAGCUUGCAGCGAGCUGAUUUUCAGUGGCUCGAAAUCUACAGAAUCUCGGGGCGAGCCACUUCAAUACUUUUGGGGCUUUGGCCCUGGAACUCCCAGCUGGUUUCGAAUUCCCUUGCUGGCAGGUAUUUUAGAAGAGGCUACGGCCCAAAGCAUGUCGACGAUCGUUAUCAGUCCAGCAAUUCUGUCGAAAGCGGGUUCAGCACUCGGAGAUCUGCGAGAAGGCGAAGUUCGUUUGGAGGUGCGGUUGACUGUUAGAAAUGAUUUGGGCAACAGUACUGAAACAGUUGCCUCUGCUAGCAUCAUUGGUUUAACCUCUCAAGCAGAGCCCGCGGUGAGUGCAAUUGGGGCCACUGAAAUAACUCUGCCCCACAGCGAUGCAUUGCAUCUGGCAGUCAGCACGCGGGAAGCACCGUUUGCUUUGCAAUGCGCUGAUCGCAAUCCUGGCACCAGCGCUGGUCGAACUAAUGUCACUUGGCACUACAGAUCCUCCAAUCAACUCUCAUGGCAAAGCCUGGAUGCAAGCUCUGCAAACGGGCUUCUGAGAGAUUUGGCCAAAGAUCCAAACAAAGUGCAUUUGGCACCUUUGGCUUUUCAGCCUGGGACCUUUCACCUUUUUCGUGCGGUAGCGGCUUUUGAUAUGCGACCAACCCUGGCACCUAGACCUCACGUGAUGUUCAGAGUAGCAGUGGAGCCCUUACCACAAGUGAAGGUUUACAUCAUAGGUCCUCGGUUGGCAUCUCAGUGCGACUUCGAACUUGAGGCAGAAGUUUGGGAUCCAGUCCGGCCAACAGCUCCCAAGGAGGACUUUCAGUUUUCUUGGAUUUGUUCUUCUGUUGUUCAGGUGGGCGAGCGUGAUGCCUGCGCCCAACUGCCACAAUUUGGAGCAGAUUUCCCCAAGACGGAUGGCACAGGGGGCCGAGGAUCAAAAAUCAGGGUUGCGUCGGGCCAGCUCCCAGCGGGAAUGCAUCGUUUCUCGGUGAUUGUGCGUCGGGUUUCAGGUGGUCCUGAAUCCAUUGCUAGAAAGGCUGUGCAGGUGAAUUCAUCCUUUUUCGCUCCACUCCGACUGCAGUUCCCUUCCUAUGGCUACAGCGGCAUUGUUCAGCUUCCAGACGGCGUGCCGCAAGUGUCCGCAUUUAUGGAUCUGAGCUCCGUGCAAUGCUCGACCCCAACGGGCGUCCAGUGGCGGUGGUUCCUGGUGGAAGAUCGUUUGACUGCGGUGGUGGAACGAGCGUUGUCCACGACCUACAACGCUUCAGAUGGAUUACUUCAUCUUUGGUCAGGCAGUGGUGGCCAGUUGACAGCAGGAGUUCCGUAUUUCCAUGUGCUCCUUCAGUCCGAGAGUCAGGAAAUGCUGGAUCAGGUGCUGGCUGAAAACCGGCCCGCUUUGGACAGCGUGCUGCAGAAUGGUGUGGCCAUCGCUGCGCAGUCGCCCAUGUUCGUUGCUGACCAAGCUCCACUGGGUGGUUUGAUUUCUGUGAUGCCUGGAUUCAGGGGAUUGUCAUUGAGGACUACCUUCCGGAUCAACACAUCCCAGUGGCAAGAUGAAGACCUCUUGGGCCUGGAGUAUGAGUUCUUAACGUUUCCAUUCCAGGCACCGGAAGAUGGUGCGCAAGAUUUGGGCAUCGAUUGGGAAGAUCCGGACAGUGACAGUUUCUGGAUGAAGCUCGGUGGGUUGAUGUCUCAGCCCUUCGAUCGGUCACCGCAGGCCUUCCUGCAGGCACCACCUGGGAGCCACUCGAUUGUGGUGAGGGCACGUGAUGUCCGUGGAAGUAUCUCGGUGAUUUCAUCUUCAAUGCCCCUAGCGGUCGAUGCAGAGCACAAUUUCAGCGUUCCAGAUGCCACUGCCGCGGGCCCAGGGUGCCUGAGUGGACUUGGCACAACCUGGAUCGGCUCGCGACACACAGGUGUGCAGAACGGCGAUGUCAGAAUGGUGGGCUUGGCCGCUUCCAAGAAGGCAGCAAUAGAAGAGGCCGAGAAAACCUUGGAAGAGUUCAAGGAGAUGAAGAAAGACUACGAGAAGAUGCGAACUCGUCCGCAGCCGCGCAACGGAAAACGCGUGGGCAACGAGGUCUGGUUCGAUGUGAAGCUGAGCCCUCCACUGGGCCUGGCCUUGGACACGAGUGUCGAUGGUGAGGCUGUGGGCGUGUCAGAGGUGGUCGAGGGUGGCAGCGCCUUUGAGUACAACAAGAAUUGCCUCCGGCAGGACGCAGAAGAGAAGAGAAUAUGGAUCCAGCCAGGUGACAGGGUCCUAAUGGUCAAUGGAGUGAAGACAAAGACAACAGAAGAAGUCGUUGGCGUUGUCUCCAAGAUGAAGGAAGGGGAGAAGGUGGUGCUGAAGCUCUCUCGCCAGGCCAGAGGACCCAUCCAGGUGGUCUUUCCCGAACCUGCAGAUCCAGUGGUGGUUCGUGGAAGCACAAAACUGGUUGAUGCUGCCCGAGCAGCAGGACAUGAAGUGAUUUAUCGAUGUGAAGAUGGCCUCUGUGGAAGCUGCUGGCACGUCAGCGAGCUCACCGGCGAUAUCUACCAGCUGUGCAUAGAGACCUCAACUGCGGCAUCGCUGCCGAGCAAGGCAGCUUCCGCAGACUUUGGUGAGCAAAUUGGUGGCGUGGUCUCAGCCCUUUCUGGGAAUAAUCAAUGGAAGCCUGGAGAGUCCUGGGACAAUACAGAGCCAUUGCGGCUGCGACCCUGCCCAGAGAUCUACGAGAAGUUCAUGAAUCCUCACCUCGGCAAGUGGCAGUACAACGCUGGCUCUUACAAGGUCACCAGAGACGACGAAGACCGCUUGAUUUACGUGGAAAACAAUGUGGAAGGUUUUCUGGAGCCCGAAGAUGAUGAUGAUCCAACCAACAGAUGGCUGAAAGCAGAUUUGGCGGAGCAUGGAGAGAUCCGGAUCAGGCUUAGCAAGAGCCUAGGCAUAUCCAUCGAUAUGGAGUCCCAAUACAAGCCGCAGGGAAGCGAUGAGUGGGGCGAGAUUAGAACAGCCUUCAAGUACUAAGUCCGCUGAAGGCUUCCCACCUGAGCAAGUGUUCUCACCUGCGACAUGGCGUUAGGCGCCUUGGCGCCUUGUUCCUGAAGUUUUCCUUAAUCACUCAAUUUCCGGGCUUUGCCCGCCAAAGUCGCCUGUUCUGUCGGCCGGUCGACAUAUAGAACAUGGCGCUUAAGUACCUGUGUACUCGUUGCCCGUCCCACUAUAUUUUCCAUAGUUGUGAAGUGGCGGGUUAGUGUGCACAGGAUUCAGCGUAAACAGGUGUGCUUGCUAAAAGCAGUU